CCGACGUGUUGCGUCACGGCGCGCCUCACCCUGGACGACCCCGGAAGUGGGUAGGGGGCUUGGCCUCUGCCCGGUCGCAGCCGGAGCCGGGGAAGCUACCCGAGGGGGCUUGAGUCGAGCGGCCUUUUCCCGCGGUGCAUCCCGGGCAGGGCCCAGACCAGGGGUCCAGGAUGCUGAACGUCCCUUCCCAGGCUUUCCCUGCCCCCAGGUCGCAGCAGCGCGUCGCCUCCGGGGGGCGCAGCAAGGUCCCUCUGAAACAGGGCAGAAGUCUUAUGGAUUGGAUUCGACUAACCAAAAGUGGAAAGGAUCUAACGGGAUUAAAAGGCAGGUUAAUUGAAGUAACUGAAGAGGAACUUAAAAAACACAACAAAAAAGAUGAUUGUUGGAUAUGCAUAAGAGGGUUUGUUUAUAAUGUCAGCCCAUACAUGGAGUAUCAUCCGGGUGGAGAAGAUGAACUAAUGAGAGCAGCAGGAUCAGAUGGUACUGACCUUUUUGAUCAGGUUCAUCGUUGGGUCAAUUAUGAAUCCAUGCUGAAAGAAUGCCUGGUUGGGAGAAUGGCACUUAAAUCUCCUGCUCCUAAAGACUACUGUGAAGAAAAGAAAGUCUUAAAUGGCGUGUUUCCCCAGAGCCAAGUGACAGAUACAUUUGCCAAAGAAGGUCAUAGUUCUCCAAGCUAUGACUGGUUCCAAACAGACUCUUUAGUCACCAUUGUCAUAUAUACCAAACAGAAGGAUAUCGGUUUAGACUCAAUCAUAGUUGAUCAUCAGGGUGGUUCCUUUAGAGCUGAAACAAUUAUCCAGGAUCAUUCGUUUCUCAUAUAUAUUGAGCUAAGCCAUGAGAUUCAUGAAGAUUUUUCUGUGCGGGUUGUUGAGAAUGUGGGAAAAAUAGAGAUUGUCCUAAAGAAAAAAGAGAACACUUCUUGGAAAUGUCUUGGUCAUCCCCGGGAGAAUCAUAAUUCACUUAUUCCAAAGAAAGAUAGAGAUUUGUACUACAGAAAGUGCCAGUUAAUUUCCAAGGAGGAUGUCACUCAUGAUACAAAGCUUUUCUGCUGGUUGCUGCCACCAAGCACUCACCUUCAGGUGCCGAUUGGGCGACACGUUUACCUCAAACUAACUGUCACAGGUACUGAAAUUGUGAAGCCAUAUACACCUGUAUCUGAUUCCUUAAUCUCAGAGUUUAAGGAACCACCUCUUCCCAACAAUAAUUACAUCUACUUUCUGAUCAAAAUUUAUCCUGCUGGACUCUUCACACCAGAGCUUGAUCAUCUUCAAAUUGGAAAUUUUGUUUCUGUAAGCAACCCUGAGGGCAAUUUAAAAAUAUCCCGGUUCCAAGAAUUAGAAGAUCUCUUUUUAUUGGCUGCUGGAACAGGCUUCACACCAAUGGUUAAAAUACUGAAUUAUGCUUUGACUAAUAUACCCAGUCUCAGGAAGGUGAAGCUGAUGUUCUUCAAUAAAACAGAGGACGAUAUAAUUUGGAGAAGUCAACUGGAGAAAUUAGCAUUUAAGGAUAAAAGAUUUGAGGUUGAAUUUGUCCUGUCAGCACCUACUUCUGAAUGGAAUGGUAAACAAGGACACAUUUCACAAGCCCUUCUUUCUGAAUUUUUGAAAAGAAGUUUAGACAAAUCCAAAGCUCUCAUCUGCGUUUGUGGGUCAACACCAUUUACAGAACAAGGAAUAAGGUUGCUGGAUGAUCUGAACUUUCCCAAAGAUGAGAUCCAUAGUUUUACAGCAUAAUGAAGAGGCUAUUGUCCUUUAUUCAACUGUUUUAUCUAAAUUUGUGAUUACUUAGGGUUUUUUAAGAGAACAUUUUUGUCUAUACCUAAAGGUUAACUAGAAUCCAGGCUUCAGUUUUUUAAAUGAAAUAAAAUGCUCCUUCAGUGUAGGUAACUUGUUGACCUUAUUUUGUACCAUAAUUUAUUUUACUACUGAUCUCACCUGAAAAGUCAAUCAUGGCAACAAGUACAUACAGGAUUCUUUGUUAUGAGUCCAAAGUUCCUUACUGUUUAAAGUGUAUCAGUGUUCUACAUUGAGCUCUUGUGUUUUAUGAUAUGAUAAAGUAAAUGAUCAUUUUGAUCAUGUUUCUAUGCUGUAAAAUGUCUAAUUAGCAAUACAGAGUAAAUUUUACACUGCACUUUUAACUCGGGAAAUGAUCGUUUAUGCCCUUGUUAUUACUAUUAAAACUUGGAAUGUUAUAACUUAUUAAGUGAUGCAAACGUGUGUGUGUGUGUAUGGCAUUGAUACAAAGUACAAUAAAGAUAUACUUAAGUACUUUUUAA